UAAUCGGCCAAGAAAAAGAGCUAUUUGGGCUGCAAAAAUGAGUCAGGAACAACCAAAAAGGCCUCAGGCAGCGGAGCAAGAACCGGUCAAAUAUGGAGAUGUUUUUCAAGUUUCUGGCGAGCUAGCAAGUAAGCCAAUUGCGCCCGAAGAUGCUGCCAUGAUGCAGGCGGCUGAAACCACCGUAUUGGGUCAGGUACAGAAGGGUGGUCCGGCCGCCGUCAUGCAGGCUGCCGCCUUCCAUAACGAAAUGGCUGGUAUUGUCCGCCACCGGGAUGUCACCGACAUGGCCGGAGAGGCAGGUGUUACUGUUACAGAAACUGAUCUUCCUCCUGGAACUCGUAUAAUCACUGAAUCAGUUGCUGGACAUGUUGUGGGACAGUAUGUUGAAUCUACACCAAUAGUACGUAUGACAGAAUCAAGCGAAGUCCAGUCCUCCAUAACCAUAGGAGAAGCCCUUGAAGCCUCAGUACAAACGGCGGGGAAUAAGCCGGUGAAUCAUAGUGAUGCCGCCGCAAUACAGGCUGCAGAAUGUAGAGCAACAGGUUCUAGCAUCAUAACUCCGGGAGGGCUCGCCGCCACUGCCCAAUCUGCUGCAGCGUACAAUGAUGGAUUGAUUGGGGACCAAGACAAAGUCAAACUCAAAGAAGUUUUAGCGGGAGCCAAGGCAAAACUGCCGGUGGAUAAGGCCGCAACGAGGGAAGAUGCUGAAGGGAUUAUGAGUGCAGAGCUGCGGAAUGAUCCUAAUUUGACUGCUCAUCCGGGUGGAGUGGCAGCAACGGUUGCGGCUGCCGCGAGGAUCAAUGAAAAGAGUUAUGCUCAUUUAGGUAGUGCGAGCUUCGGAGGUCAGUGAGGGUCUGAUGGAAUAUGAAGUAUAUUUGUAUUUCUGUAUUUUAUGUUAAGCUACAAUGAAGGCAAAAGUUUAGCAGUAUGCGAAUAUAAAUAAAUACAUUAUAUUAUGUCAUC